AUGAGGCACAGUCUCCACCUGACCUUCGUGUGUCUGAGUCUCUUCUCUGCACGGAUGUGCGUCCAGGGGAAUCAGUUUAACACUGAGGUCAGCAGAAGCGACAAGCUGUCCCUACCUGGCUUUGAGAAUCUCACAGCAGGAUAUAACAAGUUUCUCAGGCCCAAUUUUGGCGGAGAACCUGUUCAGAUAGCACUGACUCUGGACAUUGCAAGUAUUUCCAGUAUUUCAGAGAGUAAUAUGGACUACACAGCCACCAUAUACCUCAGACAGCGCUGGACGGACCAGCGGCUGGUGUUCGAAGGCAACAAGAGCUUCACUCUGGACGCACGCCUAGUGGAGUUCCUCUGGGUGCCAGACACUUACAUCGUGGAGUCCAAGAAGUCCUUCCUCCACGAAGUCACUGUGGGGAACCGACUCAUCCGCCUCUUCUCCAACGGCACAGUCCUGUAUGCCCUCAGAAUCACAACAACUGUUGCAUGUAACAUGGACCUGUCUAAAUACCCCAUGGACACACAGACGUGCAAGUUGCAACUAGAGAGCUGGGGCUACGAUGGGAAUGACGUAGAGUUCAGCUGGCUGAGAGGGAACGACUCUGUGCGGGGAUUGGAGAACCUGCGACUUGCUCAGUACACCAUACAACAAUAUUUCACCUCAGUUACCAGGUCACAGCAAGAAACAGGAAAUUACACACGACUGGUCUUGCAAUUUGAGCUUCAGAGGAAUGUCCUGUAUUUCAUUUUGGAAACCUACGUUCCUUCCACUUUCCUGGUGGUGUUAUCCUGGGUCUCGUUUUGGAUCUCCCUUGAUUCAGUUCCUGCAAGAACCUGCAUUGGAGUGACCACUGUAUUGUCAAUGACCACACUGAUGAUUGGGUCCCGUACUUCUCUCCCGAACACCAACUGCUUCAUAAAGGCCAUCGAUGUGUACCUGGGAAUAUGCUUUAGCUUCGUGUUUGGGGCCCUCCUGGAAUAUGCAGUUGCCCACUACAGCUCCUUACAGCAGAUGGCAGCCAAAGAUCGGGGGAAAGCAAAGGAAGUGGAAGAAGUCAAUAUUACUAACAUCAUCAACAGCUCCAUCUCCAGCUUUAAACGGAAGAUCAGUUUUGCCAGCAUUGAAAUUUCCGGAGAUAACGUUGACUACAGCGACUUGACAAUGAAAACCAGUGACAAGUUCAAGUUUGUCUUCCGAGAUAAGCUGGGCAGGAUUGUUGAUUAUUUCACAAUUCAAAACCCUAGUAAUGUUGAUCGAUAUUCCAAACUACUAUUUCCUUUGAUUUUUAUGCUAGCCAAUGUAUUUUACUGGGCAUACUAUAUGUAUUUUUGA